AUUAACUAUGAAAGCUAAAAGCUCCCUCUUACUUGUAUCCUUUGAACUGCUUAUCUUUUCCAGACAUGUUCUUUCUUACAGCACAAAUAUUAACGGUUUAAAUUAAAUUUCGUGCUUUAAUAUUAACGACUUUAUAAACUCUGGUUAUGGCUGAUACAAAUUUGCCUGAUCUAGGUGAAAUUGGACCACUUAAGUCUGAACCAGCUGUAUUAAAUGAUCUAAGUGAAAUUAAACAAGAAUCCGACGAUAAUUGUGAUUCUGGUGUUUCUGGUGUUUCUGUUACAAAAGAUUCCCUUAAAAGUGUUACAGAAGGUGAAAUGGCUAACGAUUAUCCUGAGCCUUCUUUAGACGCUGAUGGAAAGCCAAGGCCUUCAAUCAACAAGCUUCCUGAUCUUACCGAAAAUGAUAAAUCUCCUUUUGAUACAGCUUCAGCUGGUACGAACUUUGAUUCAUCCAACGGGAUGCCAUGUUCUGGGGAAGACGUGCCUAAAGAUACAAAGAGAUGUGAGAUUUUUGAAGAGACCUCUACUAGUGAAACUAUUAUGAGUGGUCUAAACCAAUCAAAAGUAGAAAGCCCAACUCCUAAGAAAGAAGAUGAUAUGAAAAUGGGCGAUGGAGGUUGGGGAGAUCCUAGUCCGCCUGAAAACAAACCAAAAUUCAAAUCUGAUGAACCGAAACAACAGUCCGACGAUGCCUGGGGAUCUAGUGGAGGAUGGGGUAAUCCUACUCCAAGUGAAACCAAACCAAAAUUCAAAUCCGAUGACUCGAAGCAAGAGUCGGGCGAUGCAUGGGGUGCAACUGGUGGAGGAUGGGGAGAUCCUAGUCCUCCUAAAACCAAACCGAAACAACAGUCCGACGAUGCCUGGGGAUCUAGUGGAGGAUGGGGUAAUCCUACUCCAAGUGAAACUAAACCAAAUUCCAGGUCCAAUGACUCGAAACAAGAGUCUGGUGAUGCCUGGGGGGCAACUGGUGGUGAAUGGUCUUCUGGAGGUGGAUCAUCAUGGGCAGAUGCAGGAAGUUCAUCUAAAAAAAGUGGAGGUGAUGAUUGGGGCGCAUCUUCGGGAACUAGUGAUUGGGGUGCACCUUCUGGAACUAGUGACCGAGGUAGAUCUGGUGGUUCUGGGGGGAAAGGCUGUUUCAAAUGCGGUGAAGAAGGGCAUAUGUCUCGUGAAUGUCCUAAAGGAGGUGGAAGUGGAUCCCGUGGUAAGGGUUGCUUCAAAUGCGGUGAAGAAGGACACAUGUCUCGUGAAUGUCCAUCAGGAGGUGGAGGUGGCUCUCGUGGAAAGGGCUGCUUCAAAUGCGGUGAAGAAGGACACAUGUCUCGUGAAUGUCCAACAGGAGGUGGAUCAUCAAGAGGAGGUGGCGGUAGAGCUUGCUUCAAAUGUGGUGAAGAAGGACACAUGUCUCGUGAAUGUCCAUCAGGAGGUGGAUCAUCAAGAGGAGGUAGUGGAAAGGGUUGCUUCAAGUGUGGUGAAGAAGGACACAUGUCUCGUGAAUGUCCAAAUGGUGGCCGAGAAGGACGUGAUCGCCGUGCUGUCAAAAGUGAAGGUGCUCCUUGGGGAUCAUCAGGUGGAGACUGGGGAAGUGACGAUUGUGCUGCAAGUCCAGCCAAAAAAAAUUGUAAUUGGGAGUCAUCGUCUGGUUCCACUGCCAAAAACUCGAAAGAAGAUUCCUGGGGAGCAUCUGGUGGAGGCUGGGGAGAUCCUAGUCCUAGUGAAACGAAACCAAAAUUCAAGUCCAAUGACUCUAAACAAGAUUCCAGCGAUACUUGGGGAGGCGGCUGGGGUGAUCCUAGUCCAAGUGAAACUAAACCAAAAUUCAAGUCCAAUGACUCUAAACAAGAUUCCAGCGAUACUUGGGGAGGCGGCUGGGGUGAUCCUAGUCCAAGUGAAACUAAACCAAACUCGAAACAGGAGUCCGGUGAUGCUUGGGGAUCUGGAGGUGGAUCAUCAUGGGCAGACUCAGGAAGUUCGCCCAAAAAAAGUGGAGGUUCAGAUUGGGGUACAUCUUCUGGAACUAGUGACCGUGGUAAAUCUGGCGGUUCUGGGGGAAAAGGCUGUUUCAAAUGCGGUGAAGAAGGGCAUAUGUCUCGUGAAUGUCCUAAAGGAGGUGGAAGUGGAUCUCGUGGUAAAGGUUGCCAUAAAUGUGGUAAAGAAGGUCAUAUGGCUAAAGAUUGUACUGAGCCCUCUUUAGAUGCUGAUGGAAAACCCAGGCCUCCAGUUUACAAACCUGCUGAUCUUAACGAAAAUGAUGAAUCUCUUUACGAUACAGCUUCAGCUGGUGAAAACUUUGAUUCCUACGAUGGAAUGCCAUGUUCUGUCAGUGGAGAAGACGUGCCUAAAGAUCCUGAGAGAUAUGAAACCUUUGAAGAGGCCUUUACUAGUGAAACUAUUCUAAAUGGUUUAAAGCGUUCAAAAAUAAUCAAACCAACUCCUAUCCAGAAAUAUGGUAUGAGAAUUGUUAUGGCCGGUAGAGACUUAAUGGCUUGCGCUCAAACAGGAUCUGGUAAAACAUUAGCAUUUAUUUUACCCAUUCUACAAGAUUUAUUCAAUGACAAAGAUCUAAGGAGUGGUUAUGGUGAGAUUCCUGCGAAACCAAAAGCUCUAAUUAUCUCUCCAACUCGUGAAUUAGCCGUCCAGAUUUACAAAGAAACAUAUAAGUAUAGUAGAGGAAGCAUUGUUAAAGUUCAAAUUAUUUAUGGUGGAACUUCAGUUGGUCACCAAAAAGCUAAACUUUCCGAAGGUGCACACAUACUCGUUGGUACUGCUGGACGAUUACUCGAUUUCUUAGAUAAAAAUUUUUAUGAUUUUUCUGAAUUAAAAUACCUCGUUUUGGACGAAGCUGAUCGAAUGAUUGAUCAAGGUUUUAUACCUGAUGUACGCAAAAUGAUUAUUCAUCCAACAAUGCCACCCAAAGAAAAACGCCAAACACUCAUGUUCAGUGCUACGUUUGCAAAUAGAGUACAGAAAGUUGCCGCUGAAUUCUUAGUCUCAAAUUAUCUUUUCCUCACUGUUGGCAUUCUUGGUGCUGCUAAUUCUGAUGUCCACCAGACCUUAUUGAAAGUUGAAAAGUUUAGCAAAAGAAAUAAGCUUCUUGAGAUCCUUAAGGAAUCUAAUAAUAAUGAUCGGACCAUGGUUUUUGUAGAAAGCAAAAAGACGGCUGAUUUCCUCGCAUCUUUCCUGUCUCAAUCUGAUUUCAAAGCGACUAGCAUCCAUGGCGAUCGUUACCAACGUCAAAGAGAAGAAGCUCUUGACGAUUUGAAAAGCGGUAAAUUUCCUAUCUUGGUUGCUACAUCAGUUGCGUCAAGAGGUUUGGAUAUUAAAGAUGUUAGGCAUGUAAUAAACUAUGACCUGCCCAAAGAAAUUGAUGACUACAUUCAUCGGAUCGGUCGUACAGGUCGAGUCGGAAAUAAGGGUAAAGCAACAAGUUUUUAUGAUCCUGAUGCUGACAAAGCUUUGGCUCCCAAAAUCGUGGAAGUUAUCAAAAGUGCUCAACAACCUGUUCCUGACUGGCUUACAGAAGAGACUUCUGAAGGUCAAUUUGGUAGUGAUAUCGCAUUUGGAGGUGUCGACUAUAGAGGAGGAGAAGGUGGAAAUGCAAGUUAUGAAGAUCUAGAUGCUCCUAAAAAAGAAAGCAGUAUUGAUCUCGAGUGGUAAAGAUGAUCGCUGAAAGCAUUUAAGUCCCGCUUCACCACUGUUGUUCAUUGGUUUUUACUUUUGUACUUAAAAAGUUUAUUCUUUAUCCUUUUCAUUGUUUAAAUUCAUUCAAAUAUAACUCUUUGAAUCAAAAUUGCCAUUUCUAUCAAAAAAUAAAAAACAUUAAAAAUUAUGAUCUUAAAUAUUUUAAA